UUUGUUUCCCUCUAAAAACAGUCAACCUAGCACCAACAAAAACACACGUCUCUUGAAACUCUGUUUUACCACCACACCUCCAUUGAAGGAUCUGAAGCUAUGCUUCCUUGCCAAAUUCCUUCCCCUCAAAUCAAUGCUCUGUCAUCAAGUGUUUCCUUCAAUGGGUGGAGAUUUGCAAACCCGAGAUUUAAGUUUUGGGCUAGAAAAAUGGCUACUUUGCACGAAACCACCUGGAGAAAAGCUGGGAUCUUUGAAGCAGUUAAUGCAUCCACAUACAACAUCAGCAAAAACACAGAUCUCGUCCUCGAUGUUGCUGAGAAAUGGUGUCCUGAUACUAACACCUUUGUUUUCCCUUGGGGUGAAGCAACCAUAACCCUUGAAGACGUUAUGGUGCUUUCAGGUCUCUCUGUUUUGGGUUCACCGGUUUUUGCUACUCUGGAUAGCGCAGGAGAGAUGAUUAUGGUGAAGCUAAAGAAAGAAUGGCAGACGAUUAAACGAAUAGGUAAAGUCAGUCAUGUAACACAACUGGCAUGGACGGAUAGAUUCAAGAACAGUGGUGAUGAGCUUGAGCAUGUUGCUUUCCUUGUCUUGUGGCUUAGCUACUUUGUGUUUCCAUCACGCUUCCAUCAUAUCUGUGAGCCUAUUUUGUCAAUUGCUGUUCAUCUUUCAUGUGGGACUAGGAUUGCUCUUGCUCCUGCUGUUCUUGCUCAUGUGUAUGCUGACUUAAGUCUCUUAAAAACCCACAUCAGAGGCUUUAGCAAAUCGUCUACUAGGGGCGAAAUUGGUUUGAGUGCCUUGUUUAAGCUGGUUCAAGUUUGGACAUGGGAGAGAUUUAGGGAACUACAACCAAACCCUAAUGAGUUGCUAGAAGGUAAGCCAAGAGUGGCUCUUUGGAAUGACUUGAAACAGAAAACUAGCGACGCGAGGCAGAUUCUGGUCAAUUCGAAAAUCGACAGUUUUGAGUGGCGUCCCUACACAAGAAGUGUGAAAAACUGGGAUUUUCCUAAGUUUUACCCUGAGGAAGCGAUGUGUGUUCGUGUUUGUCCGAGUCUUGAUGAAGAAUUUAUCUCAUUUGCUCGAUGCAUCAAAGUGUCUGAGCUUGUUGGAAUUAGGAAAGUGGAGCAUUACUUCCCCAAUAGAGUGGCUUCACAGUUUGGAAUGCUUCAGGAUGUUCCUUCUCCUGUUGAAAGGAACAAGCUCUCACGAGAGGCAGCUUGGAAGGAUUAUGAUAAGCCUAUUGAUGAUUUGACAUUACACAUUCCUUCCCGUUCUGCAAUACCUCGUGUGACUUCAACAUUCUGCGAAUGGUGGAGAAAGUCGUAUCCAGAAUUAAUCCAGUAUUCUUCUAAGGAGAAGGGUGUUGUUGUAUCAGCUGAAACAUUAAAAAUCAUAGGUGAUGAUACUAGUUCAGGCGUUAAGAGGAAGAGCACAAGCAAGGAUGAAAUGACUAUAGCUGAGUAUUCAAACAAGAGACUCAAGUGCAUUGAGGAAGCUCGUGACAAGAGACGCAAGUACAUGAAAAAACAAGCUCGUGAAAUAGGCUCAAACGGAACAAGCAAGGAUGAAAUGAAGAUAGCUGAGGAUUCAAACAAGAGAUGCAAGUACGUGAUGCAAGAUCGUAAGAACGAUGGGAGUACUAUGGGUCUUUGUCAGAGACAGGUACCUUCAGAAACUGAUGAAGAAGUUGAUAGUCUCACCAUCGCUGAACUGCUGGAUUUAAACAUUCACAUUGCUGUAGCUGAUGAAACUCAUGGACAGGGUCGUUUGCUUCUUGAUAAUGGCCUUGGAAGUAAAGAAACUAUGAAAUCCAGUGAGGAUUUAGAAAAGGGAAACGAUAGUUCUGGUGAGGGUAAUGCUGGUAAGGACUCCUACGAAGAGAGAUUUCAAAAGCUGAAGGUGCUGGUAUCGUCGCUAGAAGAGCGUAUGAAUAAGACACAAAAAACUGUGGCAUGGUUGAUUGAACAGAAAACCGUAAAAGAGAGAAGACUAGCAGCAGCAGCUCGUUUGAUCUAGGCGUGUUCGAGGUUGGUUUGGCAGUCAAAUGCAAGUGGAGAUUAUCAAAGAUCAAUCUCACCUUUGUGACCUUUUGCUUUAUUAUCUUUUAUUUUACCUUUUGAGAACUGGUUUGCUUUAAGUGUUUCAUUGUAUCUUUUGAUGACUGGUUUGCUUUUUAAGUGUUUCAUUUGUAUCUUUUGAGGACUGGUUUGCUUUUAAGUGUUUCAUUUGUAUCUUUGAACACAGUUAUGAGUUUCUUGGUUUCCUUAUCGAGAUAAACGCCUGAUUUGAUAAGGAAACCAAGAUAUUAAUUAUGCAAGUAGAAUAUCAAAGAUCAAUCUCACCUUUGUGAUCUCUUGGUUUAGUAUCUUUUUAUGUUCCUGCUUAGUAUCUUUUAAGAACUGGUUU